GUGGAACCAGUUGAACGUGUGGAGCGCAAGCGAACGGUUAAGUCGCGUUUUUUAUCACGUAUACGCAGGCGGUUUUUUAGUUGGAUAUUCCCCUCAACACAAAAAAAAAAGGGAAAAAGACUGUAAAACCAAGGGAAAACCACCCCUAAGACUCUUUUAGGGUGGCGAACGCAUAACACAACUCAAAAACCAACUCAAAAGCCGGCUCAGGGAGUGAGGGGCAGGGACUGAGAGAGAGCACAAGCGAGCGAGACAGCAAAAGAGAGUGCCCAGAGCGAAAGAGAGAGCAAUCAUCACCAUAUCAUUCAGCGGACAGAAAUUCAGGCCUACAGCGAUUAUCCGUUAGUUCCGAUUCCGUUCCCAAAAAGAGAGCUAUCCUGACCGCUGCGACCACUUCUCUGUUGUCAGUUUCACACGAGACACGAACGCGUCCACAACAAAGCGGCGCUUCCCAAAUAAAAUUCUAAUCAAAUACAAAAACUAAACUAAAACUAAACCUGUAGAGAUAUAUAUUUAAGAACCCCUAAGAAACCUCCAAGAACCUAAGAACUUAAAAGUGCUAAAGUGAUUCCAAGUAGUGCUCAAGUAUCCAGAACAUAUCGCACACAUAAAACAAUUACUAUUGAGUUGUGAAAAUGGUUAUGUCGGAGCUACGUUGGCACACCGCUAGUCCCGAGGAUAAUAACAACUCCUUGAAGCGCGAUCUGCUCAAAUCAACGCCCACAAGCGCCCGCGAGGCCGCCGUUCACAUUAUGCAGAAUCGAUAUAUCAGUCGCCUGUCGCGCUCCCCGUCGCCACUGCAAUCGAAUGCUUCCGAUUGCGAUGACAAUAACUCCAGUGUGGGCACCUCCAGCGAUCGCUGCCGAUCUCCGCUGAGUCCUGCCUUGUCCCUGACCCACCAGCAGGCCAAGCGCCAGCUGCUGAUGCAGCCCCAUCCGGCCCACCAUCAUCACCACCAUACAGCGCACCAUCUGAACCACCUGAAUCACCAUCAGUACAAGCAGGAGGAGGACUAUGAGGAUGCCAAUGGCGGUGCCCUGAACCUGACCAGCGACAAUAGCCGUCACAGCACUCAGUCACCGGCGAAUUCGGUGAAAUCGGCAAAUGCCUCCUCACCAGUGCCGGCGGUUAUAUCAGUGCCCUCGCCAGUGGCGCCCAUGAUCUCGCCAGUUCUGCCACCGUCCACAGUAGGGGGAGGAGCAGAAAGAGUUGUUGGUAUGGGAGGUGGCGUCACUCCACCCACUUCAAUGGCAGCCGCAGCAGCAGCUGCCGCCGCUGCCGUGGCCACGUCAAUGGCUUCUGGUGGCGGAAUCUCCCCACUUCUAGCCCUACCGGGCAUGUCCUCGCCACAGGCACAACUGGCGGCCGCUGGUCUCGGUCUCAACAAUCCCCUGCUGACGGGCUCCCUGUCGCCUCAGGACUUUGCCCAGUUCCAGCAGUUGCUGCAGCAGCGCCAGCUGGCCCUGACCCAGCAGUUCAACAGCUAUAUGGAGCUGCUGAGGAGUGGAUCGCUGGGUUUGGCCCAGGACGAUCCGGCACUGACCGCUCAGGUGGCCGCCGCCCAGUUCCUAAUGCAGAGCCAGCUGCAGGCCUUGAGUCAGGCCUCGCAGCAGUUGCAGGCUCUGCAGAAGCAGCAGCAGCGCCAGCAGGAGGAGCCGCUGCAGCUAAACCAUCACCACAAGAUGGGACAGCAGCAGCAACAGCAGCUCCAGCAACCCCGAAGCUCCACGCCGCACUCGGCGGUGCGCAGUCCCAUUGCUAUCCGCAGUCCCGCCAGCUCGCCCCACCAGAUGGGACACCAUCAUCCCCUCCAGAUUACGCCGCCCAGCUCGGCAGCCAGCCUCAAGUUGAGUGGCAUGCUGACACCCAGUACUCCUACCAGUGGCACCCAAAUGCAAAACACACCGAGUACUCCGCAGCCCAAGACUGUUGCCAGUGCAGCGGCUGCCCGGGCGGCGGGUGAACCCUCGCCAGAGGAGACCACUGACCUCGAGGAGCUGGAGCAGUUUGCCAAGACCUUCAAGCAGCGCAGGAUCAAGCUGGGCUUCACCCAGGGCGAUGUGGGUCUGGCCAUGGGCAAACUCUAUGGCAAUGACUUCUCACAGACCACCAUUUCACGCUUCGAGGCCCUCAAUCUGAGCUUCAAGAACAUGUGCAAGCUGAAGCCGCUGCUCCAGAAGUGGCUGGACGAUGCCGAUCGCACCAUCCAGGCCACCGGCGGUGUCUUCGAUCCUGCUGCUCUCCAGGCCACCGUGAGUACGCCCGAGAUUAUUGGUCGUCGGCGCAAGAAGCGCACUUCGAUUGAGACCACCAUUCGCGGUGCCCUCGAGAAGGCGUUCAUGGCCAACCAGAAGCCCACCUCCGAGGAGAUCAGUCAGCUGGCGGAUCGUUUGGGUAUGGAGAAGGAAGUGGUGCGUGUGUGGUUCUGCAAUCGCCGCCAGAAGGAGAAGCGCAUCAAUCCCUCCCUGGACAGUCCGACGGGCGUUGAUGAUGAGGAGUCGCCCUACAUGAUGCACUAAGAGUGAAGUGGAGGUCACCACAUUUUAGGGACAAAGACAGUGCAAUGUGCGGAGAAGGAAUCAGAGGAAUGCUAAGCAACACUAUGUGCAGGUUCAAAGACGCAAACACAUCAAAUACUAGCUUAAUUCUGUCCUAAAGUUAGGUAUCAAUUCCUAAACAAAAGACAAUUCACACACAACAAUUGGGGUUUGCUUAUGUUAACUAUUAAUGAUAUUUAUUGUAACGUAAUUGUAAUAUAAACUUUACCCAAAAUAUAGCUAAUCAAGUCAACAUCUAUCUAGGGUUCACCUGAUCACCUAUAUUUUAGAAAUCCUUUAAGGAAAUGGUGUUUCUAUAGCCUUUGACAGGCUUAUAAAUUCCAUUUCCUUGCAGAUCCGUACUAUGUGGCGUAUGUGUAUUAUUAAUAUUUAAGUACAGUCUCUGCACAUUUUUCAAAGUCAAAACAUAAUGAAUUCCUAGCGAAUAAUUAAACAUUUUCCACAGAAAAUAAAAGAAAGUAGAUUAGUAUCUAAGCAUAUUUAUUUUUCGCGUGAAUACUGUGAUAAUCAAUUUGAAUGAUUUUAAUUUUAAUUAAAGAAAAACAAAAAAAAGAAAGAAAAAUAAGAACCUAGUUGUAUGUUUGUAUGUUAUGGGCAAGUAAACUAACAA